AUGGCGCCCUCGCAUUCCAAGAGACGGGCGAAGACCGAUACCGCCUGGAGCACCGAGUUCGACACCCUGCGCCGGGAGCACCUGUUCCGGAACCCGCCCACCGACCACACCGCGUACCCCACCCUGGCCGCCGCCAUCGAGCCGCACGUCAAUUCGUUCAAUGCCAUUUUCGCGAAGAACGGAAUACUGGAGCAUGGGCUCAAGGACAUUGGCAUCAAGACCUUCCUGGACGGCGACAACCUCACCGUCGGGCCCCGCAAUCGCCUUAGCGUGCGCGUCCGCGAUGUCUACCUCGAGAAAUCCAUCCUCCCGACGAGCAACAAGUUUGCUCUGACCAACCGGAACAUCCUGCCCUCGGAAUGCCGUGAGAGGCAUGCCACAUACAGAGGGAAAAUGCGCGCGCGAUUGGAGUGGCGCGUCAACAAUGGCGACUGGAAGGAGACGGUCCGCGAGCUGGGCCAAGUCCCAAUCAUGCUGAGAACGAGCAAAUGUCAUCUUGAAGGCCUCACGCCAGCUCAGCUGGUCAACGCCAAGGAAGAAACCGAAGAGCUGGGGGGCUACUUCAUUGUGAACGGCAAUGAGAAGCUCAUCCGUAUGCUCAUUGUCGGCAAGCGGAAUUUCCCCAUGGCCAUCAUUCGGCCCUCUUUCCAAAACCGUGGACAGUCGUACACCAAGUUCGGUAUCCAAACUCGCUCCGUCCGCCCUGACCAAACCUCGCAAACCAACGUGCUUCACUAUCUCAGCGAUGGAAACGUCACUUUCCGUUUCUCGUGGCGCAAGAACGAGUACCUCAUUCCAGUCAUGAUGAUUAUCAAGGCACUCGUGGAGACUAACGACCGCGAAAUCUUUGAGGGACUCGUCGGCGCUGUCGGUUCCAAAGGUCUGGCCGAUAAGCAGUUCGUCACCGACCGCGUAGAACUGCUCCUCAGGACAUACAAGGCGUACAACAUCCACAGCAAGGCGAAGACUCGGGCAUACCUGGGCAAAAAGUUCAAGGUCGUCCUGUCUCUGCCAGACGAUACGCCUGACGAGGAUGCUGGUACCGAGUUUUUGCGCAGAAUCGUGCUUCCCCAUCUGGGAUCGUUUGACGUCACCGAGAGUCAGGAUGCCGAUAAAUUCAAGAUGCUUCUGUUCAUGAUUAGGAAACUGUAUGCACUCGUUGAGGGGGAGUGCACCAUUGACAACCCCGAUGCGAUUCAGAACCAGGAAGUCCUUCUCGGAGGCUUUCUUUACGGCAUGAUCAUCAAGGAGAAGAUCGAGGACUGGCUGAUGUCAAUCCGCCCCGUUGCAUCCGAAUGGUGCAGGAGCACUCAACAGCGCUUCACCGACCCGGACUUCGAGAAGGACUUUCUGCCAAGGAUCGUUCGCCGCACAACUGAAAAUAUAGGAAACGCCAUGGAAUAUUUCCUUUCUACGGGAAACCUCGUCAGUUCGUCGGGUCUCGACCUGCAACAGACCUCCGGCUAUACAGUGGUCGCUGAGAAGAUCAAUUUCUGGAGAUUCAUAAGCCAUUUCCGAAUGGUGCACCGCGGUAGUUUCUUUGCUGAGUUGAAAACCACGACAGUCAGAAAGCUUCUUCCUGAAUCUUGGGGUUUCCUUUGUCCUAACACCCCUGAUGGUUCGCCGUGUGGCUUGCUGAAUCACUUAGCCCAUAAAUGCAAAAUUGCUACUUCGGACGCGGAUUCCUCUGCGAUCCCCGGUCUUGUUGCUGAGCUUGGAAUCUCAAGUGUCUCUUCAGCACAGCUCGAGGACAGCGUGGUCAUCCAGCUCGACGGCCGGAUCCUCGGCUAUUGCUCUCCCAAGCAAGCCAAGGUAAUCGCCGACACGCUUCGUUAUUGGAAGGUUGAGGGCACGCACAAUGUCCCGAAGGAGCUAGAGCUUGGUUAUAUCCCGGGCUCCAACGGCGGCCAGUAUCCUGGUGUCUAUAUGUUCACCCAGGCCGCCAGGAUGUACAGGCCUGUCAAGUACCUUCCUCUAGGCGGCCUUGAUUAUGUCGGCCCUCUCGAGCAACCCUACAUGUCGAUCGCCUGUUCCGAACCCGAAAUCGCUUCGGGUGACUCUACGCACGUCGAGUUCGAUGCUACCCACACCUUAAGCAUAUUGGCAAACCAAACACCCUUCUUCAACAUGAACCAAAGUCCUAGGUCCAUGUACCAGUGCCAAAUGGCCAAGCAGACACUGGGCUCUGCAGGAACAGCCGCUGCAUACCGGACCGACAAUAAGUCGUACAGGUUACAAACUGGGCAAACACCAGUUGUCCGUCCACCUCUGCACAAUGUAUAUGGCUCCGACAACUUCCCCAACGGCACGAAUGCCAUUGUUGCGGUCCUCAGCUACAGCGCGUACGACAUGGAUGACGGCAUGAUCAUCAAUUCUCGCGCUUUGCAAUACGGAUUCGGGCAUGGAACCAUCUACAAGACCAAGAAGGUUGAGCUGAAUGAGGGUUCCAGAAGCAAGGGUGCUAAGAAAGUGUCGAAGCUCUUUGGCUUCGCACCUGAUGGUCUUAUCAAGGCAGACUGGCGUCUCAAGCUUGAUGACGAUGGAUUGCCGCACAUUGGAACUCUGAUGCAGAAGGGUGACAUUCUCUGUGCGUACCACAACGUUACUUACGAUGCCGCCAGAGGAGAGUACAUCAACAAGGACGGCCAAACCCACUUCGAGAAGUACAAGGAUGACGAAACGGGGUUCAUCGAGGAGGUCCGUAUCAUUGGAUCCGAGACGGGUGCUGAGCCGCUCCAGGCAGUCAGCAUCAAGAUCCGUAUCCCGCGUUCUCCUGUUAUUGGCGACAAGUUUUCUUCGCGUCACGGGCAGAAGGGCGUUAUGUCCAUGAAGAUGCCAGCAGUCGAUAUGGUUUUCAGCGAAUCGGGAAUCCAGCCCGAUGUGCUGAUCAACCCCCACGCGUUCCCGUCUCGUAUGACGAUUGGUAUGUUCGUGGAGUCGCUGGCGGGUAAGGCCGGUGCAAUGCACGGUCUCGCCCAGGACAGUACUCCAUUCAAAUUCGACGAGCGCGACACUGCCGUCGACUACUUUGGCCACCAGCUCGCGAAGGCUGGCUACAACUACUACGGAAACGAACCCAUGUACUCUGGCAUCACUGGCGAGGAGCUCCAAGCCGACAUCUACAUCGGCGUCGUCUACUACCAGCGCCUGCGUCACAUGGUCAACGACAAGUACCAAGUCCGUACCACGGGUCCCAACAACGCGCUCACGGGCCAGCCCAUCAAGGGUCGUAAGAAGGGCGGUGGUAUCCGUAUCGGAGAGAUGGAGCGCGACGCCCUGCUCGCUCACGGCACCGCCCACCUGCUCCAGGACCGUCUCAUGAACUGCUCCGACUACACGAAGGCCUGGAUUUGCCGCGAGUGCGGUUCCUUCCUCAGCACGGCGCCGACGGUCAACGGCUACGGCCGCGGCAAGCGCGGUGGAAGCAUCACCAGGUGCAGACGCUGUGCCAAGCCGGCGGAAGGGUGGGAGCCGAAGAGCGAGGUCUGGGAGGACGGUCAGGGCAUGAGGUUCACCGGUGGUGACUCGUGCGGGGUCGUGGCCAUCCCGGGUGUCUUGAAGUAUCUGGACGUGGAACUCGCGUCAAUGGGCAUCAAGCUCAAGUUCAACACGGAACCGUAA